AUUGAUCUUCCUCCUGCGUCACUUACCCUCCUACCUCCGACAUUGCUCUCGCGUUCCCAGCAAGUGGAAGUGCAGCAGAGCACUAUAGGCAAGAUUACCCGCCCAAAUUAUCCUUUGGCACGUUGGAGGACUCCGGUGUGUCCAUUUUACUCAUGGAAUCUACAGAACCUUGCGGUGGUCCCAGAAGCAAACUUCUGGUAUCAUCUACGCCUUCGUCGUCACCAUCGUCUCUUCCUCUUUCGGCGCUCAUCCCUCCUACCUCGACAUCGUUAUGUUCUCUUCAACACUACCCUCGCAUUCUCCGUCGGUGAACAUGCAGCAGAACAUGGCUCAAUUAGUCAUCGGACAAAUUUUCACGCUAAAGGUGUUGUUCGACACUGUUAAGAACCUCGCUGCUUCCAUGUUCUCAUUCAUUCUGCACGUGAAAUCAUAUGGAUCCGCUAGAAACAGAGCAACGAGGUUAUUGUUUUGUGUCGAGUCAAGGCAAUAUGGAUGGUGUGAGCUGACCGUCUUCAGAGGCGUCGAUCCAGAGGAUUUAGAAAACACUCGUGACCUCAUGCACCAGAUUCUUGCAAGCCAAGUGUAUCGACAGCGAUCUAGAGCACAAGAGAGAGAAAGGUCAUGAAAGUACUGGUCAAGAGAUGGGCCGAUCCAAAGAGAGGCACCCAUUUUGACGGGUUUACGAGGGUGAAGACGCAGAACAUACAAAGUAUUUCGAUGUCUC